AGACACACUCGUGUUAGUUUUUUUCCUUCUGUACUCUCAGUGCGCCGCGUCAGAAGCUUUAUAGCAAAUGUUUUUUUGACCUUUAACAACUCUUGAUUAAAAAAAAUACAAAUUCAUGUUAAAGUAGAAAUCUACUGCUUUACAGGUUGCAACUAUUAUGGCCGGUGCCACCACAAAGACUGUACACGAUAUUUUUCAAAGCAUGGAAUACGGACCAGCGGCAAGUUCCAGCACUGGCUCUGCACAGGCCUGGCUGAAUCAUCAUUCCCGCGCUCUGGGUCUGUUUAUCGAUGGCAAGUUUGUCCGUCCAGAAGACAGACAGACUCGCUCACUGAUGGACUCCAGGGGUGAUCUCGUGUGUCACACGAUGUGCGCUGUAGAGGCUGAUAUUUCCCAGUGUAUAUCCUCUGCCCUUCAGGGCUUUGAUGUUUGGAGUGGCCUCUCCUGCUACCAGAGGUCCAAAGUCCUGCUCAGGUUGGCGAGUACCCUCGGGCAACAUGGCCAGAGCGUCACUGAGCUGUGUGACCUGUGUCAAGCCUCCUUCAGCUCCUCCGCCCUGGUUCGAAUGUUGCAGUACUACAGCAGCUGGGCUCAGCUCAGAGACAGGCUCAUUGCACACUGGAAGCCACUGGGUUUGGUUGCAGUGGUUACCUCUGAUGACUGCACUCUCUAUCCCCUGAUGCUCAAAGUUUUGCCUGCGCUAGCCAUGGGUAACGCUGUCAUUAUUGUCCCUGGUCAGUGCACUGCCGCUCCAAUGCUUCUGCUGUCUCAACUUUUCAUGGCUGCAGGCAUCCCUGCAGGGGCCCUCAGUGUUUUGACUGGCAGUGACAUCUCACUGGCUGCUAAUGUGGCCAUGAACCCCAACAUCAGCUAUGUCACCUACAGUGGCAACAAGCAGGACGGCAUGAAGCUGUGUAAAGCCACAGCUGGGAUGGGUGUCCCAGUCUCUGUAACCCCUACAAUCGGAGCCACAUGCCCCAUCAUUAUCUUUGAGUCUGCUGAUAUCAACAGUGCUGUGGAUGAUGUGAUAGAGACUGCCUUCAAAAAGAAAAAAGAGACGCACUGGGUGCUGUGUGUACAGGAGAGUGUGUUAAACAAUGUGGUGGACCGUCUGCAGCUGCGCAUUGCAGGCUUGAAGUGCGUGCCUCUUCCCAGCUGUGAAGCCAGGUUGCUAGUGGACGCUGCAGUGCAGGAAGCUCAACACAAGGGGGCCACGUUGGUGCCGUCCUGUGCCGUCCCCUCCUCUGGACCCCAAUAUCCGCCUACAGUUCUGUGUGGAGUGGCCCCCUCCUCUCAAUGUGUGGUCACGCCCUCUCCUGGCCCGCUGCUCCCUCUUAUGACCUUCAGAAGCAACACAGAGGCAGUGACGCUGGGCAAUCACAGUCCACAUGGCCAAGCAGCUUCUAUAUGGACUGAAGACCUCACUCUGGCUCUGGAGACGGCAAAGAGUCUGUCUGUUGGGUCGGUGUGGGUGAACUCCAAACCUCUAUCUGAUCCAUGUCUUCCUUUUUCGGGUCACAAAGACAGCGGCACCUGCACCGACGGAGGGCAGGAGGGUCUGUAUCAAUUUCUACAACCAGCUUUCACCCCUCCUGUUUGUCGUACUUCACCUCUUGCUAUGGACUACACCAAUUUUGGAACUGAUGCACCUCAAGUUGUAAUUCCGGAUGAAACUAGUACGGCAAAGUCCCACUUACAGUUUGUUGCUGGCAAGGUAUGCAAGUCAGAGUCUGGUGGCACUGUGGCAGUUUAUCCACAAGGAAGCGCCAGCGUGUUGUGUUACUGUCCCGACGGAGGCCGGAAAGAUGUCCGUAACGCUGUGGAGGCAGCUAUCAAAGUUCAACCUGGGUGGAUGAAAAAGAGUUCAUCUGCACGCGCUCAGUCCAUUCAGUCUCUGGCCAAGGGUCUUGAGGGAAAAAGGCGAGAAAUAGCGACGUCAAUCAGCAGCCAAACUGGUCUCCCAUUGGAAGAAGCCGACACCGAGGUGGAGCUCAGCAUCGCCAGGCUCAGUGAUUGGGCAGCCUACUGUGACAAAGUUUGCGGCAGAACUCUGCCCAUGCCACAGUCUGGCUCAGGUCUCUCCAUCCCUGAAGCGCUGGGCGUGGUAGGGGCGGUCCUACCUGAGAAGCAACCCCUCCACUCCAUGGUAACAAUGCUUGGGGCAGCCAUCGCCACAGGCAACGCCAUCAUUCUGGUACCCAGCGAGGAUUGUCCACUACCGGCAUUGACUUUUAUUCAGGUGCUCCAGUCUUCAGAUCUGCCUGCAGGAUUGGUGAACGUCAUUACAGGAAGAAGAGACCAGCUAACAAAGGCUUUGGCGAAUCACAGCGUCAUCAAAGCCAUCUGGUAUUGGGGCAGCGAUGAGGGCUGCCAGUACCUGCAGCACACCUGCACCAGCCCUCUGAAAACCCUGCGCCUGUUCGGGAAAGACGGCAACAGGGACUGGUCUCACGCCUCUGUCUUAGAGGAGAUGUGGAGGAACGGCGUCCAGUGGAAGAGUGUGUGGAUUCCUACAGCAUAAUGACUAAAAAACAAGAAGAUAAAGGUUGUGGUUUUCUUGUCAA